ACAACAUGAACCAAAUGUAGAAAUAAUGAAGAAAGCGAUUAGAAUCUCAUGUUGAAAUGUCUGUGCCUUCACGCAGGAUGUCCAGAUGAAUAAUGACUGAUGACAUUAAGGAGAGGAAUGACUGGACAGGAGCAGAGAUUACUAAUCAAAUGAGGCGGUGGAUGCUUCUCAGGGGAGCUUUAAAAGUGAAAGGCUGCCUUCCCCACUAGACACACCCUGUAUAAAACAGCCAAGGCAGACAGACGAGCCUUCAACAGAGUGGAAGUCAUCCCGCAAGCAGCAUUUUCAGCCUUUAACAACGAUUCUCUGCUGGGAUGUCUCUGGUUGUGCUUCUCUGCCUGCUGGCGUGUGUUCACUCGGGCAUUCAUGCAUAUCCACGCAAGCCCGUCAGCCCCAAAGAAGGAGCACCACCUGAGGAGAUAGCUAAAUACUACUCUGCUCUGAGACACUACAUCAAUCUCAUUACAAGGCAGAGGUACGGGAAAAGAGACAGUCCGGACACGGUGUUUUCUGAUGUUUUUGUCAAGGAGAGCACAGAGAGUAUUCCUGGAUCCAAUUAUGUCAGGUACGAUGAACUGCCCAUGUGGUGAUGAUGAGGAUGAUGCUGGAGUUGCCUUAACUUUUAAUUUGUGGCUAAAUGGAGCUACGUUGCAUGCGCUAUACACUGUAUAUUGUGUUAUUUAGGCCAAGAAAUACAAAUGUAUUGUCAAUGCCUAUCCACGUCUUCUGCUUAUGUGGCGUCCCUUACUAAACAGCGCUCUCUAGCGGUGAACAUAUGUACAUCUUAUUUUGGUAUUGUGUGAUUUAAGACUGGGACUAGACAAUAUACAAGCGCCCUCUAUAAUUAUUGGCACCCCUGGUUAAGAUGUGUUCUUUAGCUUCUAAUAAAUGAUUUUUUUUCCUAAAAAAUAUAGGACCACAAUAAAAAAAAGAGGGAAAUACAAACUUUCAUUCAAGUGGAUCACACGUUAAGAAAUAAUUAUUUUACAUCAAAUCAUGUGAGCCACAAUUGUUAGCACCCCUGGUAAUACUUUGUGCAACCCCCUUUUGCCAACAGAGUGGUACCUAAUUUUCUCCAAUAAUGUUUCACAAGAUGGGAGAAUACAGAAAGCGGGAUCUUCGACCAUUCCUCUUUGCACAGUCCAUCAUCCAGCGACCCGGGUCCUCUCCUCUUCAGCUCACUUCACAGGUUUUCAAGUUGAGGUCUGGGGACUGAGAUGGCCAUGGUAGGAGCUUGAUUCUGUGUCUGGUGAACCAUUUCUGUGUAGAUUUGGCCACUUGUUUAGGGUCAUUAUCUUGCUGAAAGACCCAGUGAUGACCCAUCUUCAGCUCUGGGCAGAAUAUCCUGGUAUUUCAAAGCGUUCAUGAUGCCAUGCACCCUAACAAGGUUCCCAGAGCCUUUGGAAAAGAAACAGGCCCACAGCAUCACCGUUCCUCGCCCAUACUUCACAGUGGGCAUGAGGUGCUUUUCUGCAUACAUCUCUUUUGCGUUACGCCAGACCCAUUGAGGGCGUUUGUUGCCAAAAAGCUCUAGCUUCGUCUCAUAUGACCAAAGCUUAGCGAACUGCACACGUUUACGUUUAUGAUUGGGAGUGAGAAAAGGUUUUUUCCGUGCAUGCCUCCCAAACAGCUUUUUGGCAUGUAGAUUGCACCUGGUGGUUGUUUUGGAGACUUUGUGACCCCAAGAUGCUACCAUUUGUUGCAAUUCUUUAACAGUGAGCUUUGGAGCAUUUUUUAGUUCUCUUACCAUCCUCCUCACUGAGCGUGGUGGCAAAAUAAACUUGCGUCCUCGUCCAGGCUUGUUUACCACUGCUCCAGUGGUUUGAAACUUGUUAAUGAUUCCUCUGGCAGUAGAUGCGGGCAGGUGCAGGUGUAUUUCCUUGCAGCCAUCGCCUGACUUGUGAAGCUCGACGCACAUCUGCCUUACUUGAAUGGUGUGUUCCUUUUUCUUUCACAUGUUGGAAGAGUGGGUAAGAGAAAUGGCUUCUGUGUCACAUCAUACUUAUACCCCAAAGAAACAGGAAGUGAUGAAUUACUAAUUAAAUAUUCCUGGAUACUCUGAUCAACUUUGUAAACUACUGUGGAAAUGACAGAAAUACUUCAAUUACAUUUAUUUCCUAGGAAUUGUUAGGGGUGCCGAUAAUUGUGGGAUAAGUCAUUUUAUGAAAAAUAUUUAUUUCUUAGUCCGGAAUUUUUUUUAUUUUCUUAAAAUUCUUAAAUUCUUAAAAUUAAAAAAAAAAAAAGAAGCUAAAACAAAGAACAAAUCUUAACCAGGGGUGCCAAUAAUUAUGGAGGACGCUGUACAUACAAUAUAUUUUGUGUAAGAAUUGAGUGUAUUCUUUUUUAUAUUGCUAAUACCUUUUAUGACUCAGAACUGAUUCAUUUCAUCUGUGAAGAAUCUGUAAAAUCUCUACGAAGUGUCCAAGUGAAGUGUACGGCCGGUAUGGUUGAUCGUCAGUGUUU